CAUACAGUCUACUGCAGAGUGGUGCGCGUGACGUCAAUGCUGGAGCGGUUCCUUGGCUCAGGAGGAAAAAUGGGGAGAAAAUUGCGAGGUGUAGUGGAUUAGGAGAAGAGGCGGAAGUUAUUGCAUCCAAGAGAGUUCCCAUAAGCCAGCCCUUUGUCUGUGUGCAUAUAGAAGCUCUGCUCACAUGCACGUCCACGUGUGUUUGUCUGUGAUGGUUGCUCACUAUGCGGGUGGCCCCACCUCCUCUCCUGUUCCAGUCUCCUCCUGUCCCAGUCGACAUCUCUACCCCCCUGCGUCUGAGAUGAGAAGAUCCAGGUGCUGCCAGUGCAUGAGGCAUCUGCACCCUGUGUGAGUGUCGUCCCCACCCCCCUCCCCAUCGCACAGAGGUGGUGGGCCCGGAAUGGCCUCUUUGGACCUGCCCUACCGCUGUCCUCGCUGCGGGGAGCACAAGCGCUUCCGGAGCCUGUCGUCCCUGCGCGCCCACCUGGAGUACAACCACACCUACGAGACCCUCUACGUCCUGUCCAAGUCCAACAGCGUGUGCGACGCCGCCGCCCUGCUGCCCCUGGUUGCCGCCGAUGGAGCGCUGCUGAACCAGGCCACCGCUGCUGCUGCCGCCUCGCCCUACCGCGAGCUGCCCUGCCCGGACGACCUCGGCCUGACCCCCUCCGCUGCCCGCUAUCUGCCCAAUGUGGAGUUCCCCCUGGGGGAGAUUCUCGUGAAGAAAGCCAUGAGCUCGGCUGACGGGCCCCCCAACCCCAGCAGCACGGCGGUGGCCGUGGCGGCGGCCAACGUAGCGGCCAGUGCGGUGGAGGCGGCCUACGAGGAGGGCCUGGCGCGGCUGAAGGCGCGGGCCUUUGAGCGCCUGGAGCUGGACGAGCGUCUGGAGAAGCUGUCGGAGGAGGUGGAGCAGAAGAUCGCCGAGCGGGUGGGCCGGCUGCAGGCCGAGCUGGAGCGCAAGAGCUCGGAGCUGGAGAGGGCCAAGCUGGAGAGCGAGCGGCUCAGCCAGGAGAAGCAGGACCUGGAGAGCAAAGCCUCGGAGCUCUCGCGACAGGUGGACGUCUCGGUGGAGAUGCUGGCCAGCCUCAAGCAGGAUCUGGUCAACAAGGACCAGGAGCUCACACACAAGCAACAAGAGGUGGUUCAGAUCGACCAGUUCCUCCAGGAGACGGCGGCGCGGGAGGCCAACGCAAAGGUGCGGCUGCAGCAGUUCAUCGAGGAGCUGCUGGAUCGAGCCGACCGCGCUGAGAAACAGCUCCAGAUCAUCAGCAGCUGUGGCACGACGCCCAACGGCAGCCUGGGACGCUGCAGCGUGCAGGGGUCAAAGGGCAACGGCCGACAGAGGAAUUCCAGUAUUUCUGGGACGUCCAGAGGCAUGUACCAGGUGUCAGACCGCCACUCCUCCCCCAGCACAGGGGUGCCAGGCCAUGUGAAGUCGAUGUCACAAGGAUCGGGCGGCGGCUACGACAGCGACAGUGUGGAGAUGCACCCCAUGGACGAGUGUCUGGAGGCCCAGUACUAUCACGUGCAGUGCCGGCUGGGGGAGGGUGGUGGUGGUGGCGGCGGCUACGACCGGGCGGGGGCCUCUCGCAGCUGGGGCCUCCGUAAGCAGGCCAUCCAGAACUGGCAGCGGCGGCCGUACCGCAACAGCACGGAGGGCGAGGAAGGCGACGUGUCGGACGUGGGCUCCCGCACCACCGAGUCCGAGGCCGAGCUGUGGGACCAGGAGUGCCGCAUCCCUGCAGACUGUCAGCAGCCCAGCAGAGCUGCAUACCGCCUGGGUCGCUCUGAGGGGGGCUACAAGCCCUGCCGGCACGAGAAGAGCCCCUCCAAGUCGAACGAGGUGAUCAGCCCAGAGGUGCUGAAGAUGAGAGCUGCCCUCUUCUGCAUCUUCACCUACCUGGACACCAAGACGCUGCUGCGUGCUGCCGAGGUGUGUCGCGACUGGAAGUUUGUGGCGCGACACCCGGCCGUCUGGACUCGCGUCCUCCUGGAGAAUGCCCGCAUCUCCUCCAAGUUCUUAAGCACGCUGUCGCAGUGGUGCACGCAGACCCACUCCCUUAUUCUGCAGAACCUCAAACCCAGGCAGAGAGGCAAGAAGGAGACGAAGGAGGAGUACCUCAAGAGCACACGUGGCUGUCUUGAGGAGGGCCUGGAGGCACUGCUGAAGGCUACCGGUGGGAACCUGCUCAUCCUGAAGGUGUCCCACUGCCCCAACCUGCUGACCGACCGCUCCCUCUGGCUGGCCAGCUGCUACUGCCGGGCCCUGCAGGCUGUCACCUACAGGAGUGCUACAGACCCUGUUGGACAGGAGGUGAUUUGGGCUUUGGGAGCAGGCUGCAGAGACAUCAUCUCCCUGCAGGUGGCACCAUUGCAUCCAUGUCAACAGCCAGCACGCUUCAGCAACAGAUGUCUGCAGACAAUCGGACGGUGCUGGCCCCACCUUCGGGCCCUGGGAGUGGGUGGAGCUGGAUGUGGCAUCCAAGGCCUGGCGUCUCUGGCACGGAACUGCAUGAGGCUGCAGGUGCUGGAGCUGGACCAUGUGAGUGAGAUCAACCAGGAGGUGGCUGCCGAGGUCUGCAGGGAGGGCCUGAAGGGCCUGGAGAUGCUGGUCCUCACCUCCACACCGGUCACACCAAAGGCCCUACUGCACUUCAACAGUGUGUGUCGUAACCUGAAGUCCAUUGUGGUACAGAUUGGUAUUGAGGACUACUUUGAGGACCCCAACAGCCCAGAGGCCAGAAAACUCUUCGAUGAGAUGGUCAACAAGCUGCAGGCACUGAAGAAGCGCCCAGGUUUCUCCAAAAUACUCCACGUGAAAGCCGAUGGUUUAUGCUAACCCUCUUUUGCAUGCUGAGCGCUAGCAGGAGGCACCACCUCACCAGUCUCUGACUCCACGCCCUCACUGCCAAGGGCGACUGUACUGUACUGCACUCAGAGGACAGAUUCAGAGGAGAAAAUGGCCACACACUUCUCAAGACGCAUCAUGAAACAGACCUGCAUUCACACCAAGCAGAAUUCCAACACUUCCAACACAAUUUGAAUUGACUUCAGUGGACAAUCUAGGUCUUUUUGACUUCUUGCCAGGCAGACUUUGCCUGUAAUCUUCAUUCUCAGUGUUCUCAGAGACUAUGAUGAUCUAUGACUUCAUAGACCACAUCUGCAACUGGGAAAACAACACAAAGUUACAAAAUUACAAAAUCAAGCCUUUUUUUAGAGGACUGCUGGUUGCAUCUAAUAUCUUAUGGACAUUUGUCAGAAAGAGCACAUGUUCAGAUUGCAGACAAAAUGAGAGUGUGUCUUGGUUUGCAUUGGAUGAAAUCAGUAGUGCUCGUUCUGUAGGCCUACUUGCAACCUGUGACUCACAGCUUCCUCUAUGCUCAUCCUCAGCACUGGCUGUCUGGCUGAAUAAACAAAGACGGGAUGUGAGUAUGGGUCUUAGUGUAUGUGUGUGUGUGUGUGUGUGUGUGUGAGCGCGUGUGCGUGUGUGUCUCUCAGUGUAUGUAUACUGAAAGAAAGAACCCGAUAACAACAGAAAACACUGGAAUUGAACACAUUAUUGUGACUGCACUUACUUAAUCAAGGACCUGAGCAUUUGUUUGAUUGAGAGGGUAUUGUUGGUACACAGUGGAAAAGCCAAAACAAAGAAGAACACACCAGCUGUACACUUGGUUGGUUGGACUCUGCAACAUGUUUGUUGAGUGACUUUGUUUUGAUUAAGGUUAGGGAGGUCCAUGUUGUAAACUGACUGCAGGUGCUCCGCUCUCUUCUCCACCUUUCUCUGCCCUCUCCUCUCCGCUCCUCUCUUCUUUUCUCCUCUCCUCUCCUCUCAGUCUGUCAUACCAUUCUUAGCCAGCAGUAUAUGUCAUGUCUGUGGAGACAUGACUCAGUGAUUCAGUGAAGGUCAUCUGUCAGUUUAAGGUUUAAAAGGCACAGAUGCCUUUUAUACUGCAGCUGCUCAAAUGCAUAGGCACAUUUCUCAGCGACAUUAUGUCCAUUGUACCAAGCACAGUGGCGACACAGUUAAUGGACUCAAAGCAGGGCUCCUGAGACACGUGGGGUACAUGCUAUGUCAAAGAAAGUAUCAAACCGAUUUAAAGAAGAGAGAAUGGCAAAGUUGAGUUUUAUUUUUUUGUUUUUAUGAAAGUCUGUUGGCUUCAGCUUUGGUUCUUUCUUCUGUUGUCAUGCCUUAUUGUUUCCAUGGCAACACGCCUACUCAUUUUUCAGUGCACUAGUGGUUUGUGAGCAAAAUGUGAUCUGAGCCAGAAGCCAGUACCUAGUGCUUUAAUGGACACCACCAUGUCCACAGGACCUCUCUCUGAGGCACAUAGCCAUAUGCAGGAUGUAUUGCUUGAAUUUAAGUUGGUAUUUGGAUCUUAAAACAUACAAACAGACUAACAAAGUGGCUAGACUUUUGUUUCAGGCACCAUAGACUUAGACAGAUAUGAUCAGCCUCUUUGUCUGUUGUAUGUCUGUGGUUUUCAUAGACUCCUGAUACGGAUGGAGACUUCAGUAGGCCAGACGGAACUGGCUUCCUCAUAAGGACUCCACAGCCGAUUCUGGAUUGUGACACCCAGUGCUGUAGAUGGGCUGAUGUGAUGUGUGUGCAGUGUGACUUGUCUGUGUUGUAGAAUCAUGAGUGUUACAUUGCCUGGAAUUAUAUUCUGCUUAUUGGGUGACACGCAGGACUGUUUCACUUUAACUCUGAUGCUCUUUCAAAGACAAAACUCUUGCUCAUGCAAUAAGACAGCACAGGUAUUUACUCUGUCCAAUGGAUUAACCAUCAGACAGCGGUGCUCUUUCUCCUGGGCCAGUCACUGAUUAUCUGAUCCCAUUUCUAACCAGUAAGUGCAGUGCGUCCAGAUGGGUCAUUAAGUCCACUUUUGAUGUGUCUGCUUUAAGAGCAUGAGCCCAGGGAAGGCUUUCCAUGAUGCAGCACUGUAUAGUACUUCCUGUCUUAAAAACUCCCCUGCAGGGUCUGGUUACUCUCCGAGGUUUCAUUGGGUGAGGUGGCAUUAAAGUACUCUGGCAGAGUGCAAUAUUUGAGUGAAACAUUGAAGGCUACGUAGUCCACAGAAAGUCACAACUGACGUCUGGCACAUCAAGUUCAGUGGAACUGUAACUAUAACCAAUCUGCUCACAUCAUACAGUGCACUAACACAGAGAGGUGAAGGACAGGGGCAAACGGAACAACUCGGCAUCCUUCUGUGAACAGGACCCCUUUAAGCCAUCGCUCUGAUAUUCAGAUGGUAAAGAAGGGUCCAACAUAGCGAGCCAGGUUGGAGCGCUCCAUGAGAUCAUGCUUUGACUUUUGAGUUACUUGUUCAGUUACCACAGACAAUCUGUCCCCUGAAGACAAAAACUAAUCUGUAAAUAUAUAAAUUGUUCAUUAAGGAAAAUAAUGUCAAGGUCUAUGAGGUCAGCUUGGAGAAGGCCAUUUUUUGGUUCUUCUGUUUCCAGCGCUUUGGAAUGAAACUGGAAGGAACAAUAUGGACAUGGCAUAUUCUGAGGAGUAGUGUUGGCUCUGCAGUAUGUCAUGUAAUAUAGAUAAUUUAUAUUAUAUGUGGAAACAAAAAGAGUUAUUUAACAAGAGGAUGAAAUUAUUUGAACUAUUUAUUUCUAUAAGAGAGAUGUCUAUGUUGGCAUGUUUGUGUUUAUACAUCAUGUUGCCUUCUUAAUUGUUCUGCUGUAGUGGGUAGACAUGUCAACGUAAAAGCUGAACUGCUUGCUGAGGUUUUUAUGAUAUUUAUUUUUGGUUGAUCAGUUGUUGCACCGCUGUGAUAAAAAAAAAAUACAGUUCAAAUGUCAAAAUGUCAAAAAAGUAUUAUAGUAUUUGCUGUUUUCUGUUGAGCUCUUUAUCUAUGUUUUCCAUUUAUGAUGGAUGCACUUUCUACUAAGCGCUUAUAGAGGUUCAUGGUUAUCACUUCUCCAAGACUACACAUUUCUGUUAAAGCAGUGUGAUACCACAGGAUUCAUGGGCUAUCUCAUAGCACAACGUCAUUGUCAUUUUUCAUGCAGCCAUGUCACAGCAAAAGGAGAAAGUGGAAAAAAGACAAUGACAGUUUCCCUAUCAGCUCAUAAUCAACCUCUCAUCUUUGCUAAAACCAAACAUUGUUGUCAGACUGAACUCUGGUGUUCUGUGGGUUCGUUCAAAUAUUUCAUGACAUUGAAGGUAAUAGCUGCUCUAAAGCAUUGAAAUGCUCUAAAAGCAGCAAGUUUUCAUGUGUUCACAUUCCAGGUGUGUGUAAAUCAUUCUUUUAUCUAAUGUACAUGCAAUGUACGUGUUCUGCAAGUCACUCUGUCAAAAUGACCACAAAUGCAAUCAACAUAGAAGUUUCUUGUCGCUAUGAAUUCAGUCAAUACAUGUUCAAAUGCAGUUUGAAAUAUUUGAAAUAUUUUAUUGUUUCCAAUUAGAGAACUUCAUUUGACGAGUACAGUCAGUUGUUUUUCUGCCUCGGGAGUUCAUAUGAAUUUCAGUGGAAGAUGAUUCACUGCACCAACAGGCAGGAUGUGAAGUCUCACUUUGUUUUGUCUUCUCCUCUAAGCCAGCCAGAAAUUAUGGACUUGAGGUGUCAGUAUUUAAUUGCCUUUGUGUAAUACAUUUACAUGCAAGUGAAACAUUGUUUUUCCUAAAACCAGAUUUGUGCCAACAUAUCAUGCUGUUUGUAUCUCUGUCUUUCUUGUACAGUACCUCUCUUACCUCUCGGUGCAUAUUCCAUGUGUGAAUGAUUGUAUUAUAUUCCCAUUUGUUUGAAUUGUAAUAAUACAUUACCUCAACGCAUAUUUGGGCAACACAGUGAACAUGUUCUUCAUAAAUUGUUGCUCCAUUGCUACAUUGGUUUAAAUAUGGUGUCAUUUUUUACCAGCACUCUGUCACACCAGAUAUCAUAACCUAAAGUUUGAUAUUUAUCAUAUUGAACUAUUAGAAAUAUUUCAAAGUCUUUAUUUACUCUUGCUAUUACUGAUAUUGACCAUGCAUUUGUGAUGCCUUAUUGAAUGCUUACUCAUAUUUAAGACCAUUUGUUGCAUUACAAAGCUAAUUAUUAUUUUCAGUGGCAUGCCAUAACUUAUCAGGAUGUUUAUUUCUGUGGGGAAACACAAGAAAUGUCUUUGCUUUUGUGUAGAGAACCAAUGUGAUGCCUGAAGUGGACCUGACAUGCAUUUUACAUGCAGCAAGCCUGUGUUCUGGAAGGUGAACUAAAUGUAUGACUUCAGCAUCAUUUGAAGUGCUGGAGGCCUUUUAUCAGUGUCACUGACUGGUGCAUAUAGAUUCUCACUGUGCGCUUUCUGUUUUGCACAACAAAUUGUAAUUAAUAGUUACAAUUACAAGUCAAUAUGAACAGGCUGGAGAGUGUCAUUAAUUUAACAGCAUCUACAAAGUGUGACUUAUUUUACUUAAAGAAAUCUGUUAUUUCUUUGGUUGCCUGGAUGAUUUGUUGAUUGUUUGGCUGGCUGUUUCAGUUGUUUUUGGAGAUGUCUGGUAGAGAAAAAAAUGUCCUUUCAUAAUGCUUAAAGUACACAAUGUCUGGAGCUGCAGUGCAUCCAUUCAGGAAUUCAGUCCUGUUUUGGUGAUGUUGGAGAAAAUCUUUUCCGUAGUGGAUCGUACCAAAUACAUUAGUGAUAACUUCCAUUUAGCUACUGGUUUUGUGUUUGCACAGUACAUUGUUUCAAUUAAAAAAACAUUGAAAAUCUGAUGUAGUUUCCAGACGGAUUAUGUAAAAUAAGGAAAAAACAACCAUAUGUAUCCAGACAGAUGAGUAGCAAGCAAAUAUGUUGUAUUUAAGACAUUUAAGAUUAGCAGAAAUGUCUUAUUUCUUAUUUUUUUUCUGUGCCCAAUGCAAGAGUUCAGGAAAUAUCUGAGAUGUCUUGUACAACAUGUUUAUUCUUCAGGAUGCAUUAGCGUUUUCAAAUGUUGCACUAUUUCAAGCAAACAAUAUUAUUCAAAUUGUUUAAGACACUGGGACAACAUCAUGUGGAAUUUUUAAAAGAUGCUGGUGAUGCUGCUUUGGACCAAAUGAUCAACACAUACUAACUGGGAUGAAUGGAGUGAUCUUCCGAUGACUUGUCAAAAGGUUUUUUUUUAUAUACUUACUAGUGGAGCGACUCCUCUAUGACUUCCUCUCAUUGUCUGUGCUUUAAUAGUGUGCAAUACAUACCUGCCCUCUUGGUAUUGGGUUCUUAAGUGGGAUAAGGCUGCAGUGUAGUCUGUGCAGUCUUUUGUGUGCCUAUAAUUAGAUAGCUCAGCCAAUCAAAGGUAUAUAGGUUAUGUUACUGUCAAAUCAAUGUGUGCUCAUUUGCAAUAGUGUCCAUAGUGCAAAUAAAGUUAGAUUUUGACGCA